AUGCCUUCCCUCAGUCAAAGCUUGGCCCUAGGGUACGUCAUCGUACUCCAGGUGCUCUACCUCUCCUUCGGCACCAGAGGAGGAAUCAUCAUCGACCUCAUUCUGGCCGCUUUUAUAGCAGACCCCGUCACCGCUGGAAUCUGGCUCAUUGCCUCCGCCAUCAGCCCUCGCACCAGCAAGACCGUCCUCCCUGGUCGUUCUAUCGAAUACUACAUGACCUUCAAGCAUCCGGCAAAUGUCAAGUACCGCGGCAAGAGAAGGAUCCCGAUGGCUACCUUCUGCCAGAUGCACCUCGAUGGAGAAGUUAAGAUGAACGGAGAUAUCCACCCAGCCCACGAGAGACUCGAUCUAGGCAUACUCCGCGGCUUCCUGGGACCCCGGAUGGUGUACACUUCAGGUCUCGUCCGCGACACCAACAACCAAGAGUUCCUCGAGGAACUCGAGAACAAUAGACUCGGCGUCAUCUGCGAAAAGAACCACCUCAAUCCGUACGACAGAGUCCUCAGCAUCGGCUACGGGUGGGAAGCGUUCGCCAACUACGCCCGUCGUAUCUUCCCUCACGUCUCAUUCACUGGUCUCAAUCACGUCGCCGAGUACACCAACAUCGCUCCCAUCAAAGGCGGCUACGAGAAAAUCGUCUGCACGUAUCUAGCCGAGCACAAAGGCCCCGGCAACUUCAUGGCUCUGCACAAUGGCCCCGGCGAGUACUCAAAAACUUUCAAGCACAUUCACGGCCUGCUCGCCGACGACGGCAUCUUCUUCCUCAAGGUCGCGGGCGGUAAUGAGUCCUGGCAGUACGAGGAUCUCAUAUGGAGACUCCUGAUGGCCAAGUACGUCUACUCCGACGCCGUCCCUUAUGCCUCGCUCGCAUCCUUGAUCAACCAGCUCGAGACCGCCGGCUUCAGAGCCAAUAGUGUGGAAAACGUUGGUCGCCACUACUCUGAGACGGUUCGGAAGUGGUACGGUAACUUUGUGCGAAAUCGAGAGGCUCUGAUGGCCAUGUAUGGCCCCAAGAUCUACCGGACAUUCGAGUUCUUCCUGGCUUACCUGGUCAUCAUCUUCGGUCAAGGCAGCGCCAACACUUACCAGAUUGUCGUCACCAAGAAUCCCAGUUCUGUCGACCGAACCAAGUCUGAGCCUGUAGUUGAGAAGUCUUCUUGGGAUCUCUGCGAUACGUCAACGAACAGCUUCAACGGGGAGUGCCAGGAGUUCCGCCGGAAAGAGGGCACCCAAGACAAAACACUCUGGGGAUGUCGCGAGAAAGGCUUGCCAUGGGAUCCCCUCGUCUACCUGUAUACCGCAUCGACCAAUUUGCUUCCUCCGGCUCCUGCUACCACCACGUCUUCUCCUUCUUCUUCAGCAGAUACGCGAAUCACGUCCGUGCCAGGCUCCUCCUCGACAGUCUCAGACGACACGUCAACACCAUCCGUGCCAUCAAGCCCGACGCUUUCGACAGCCUCCUCGACAAGCGCACCGACGCCGGAACCUUCCAACGGCGGUGGCGGCGGCGCUGCUCCAUCCAGCGGUAAUCAGACGGGUGCCAUUGUCGGCGGUGUCCUCGGCAGCGUGACCAUCCUCGCCAUCGCCGGCUGCGUCGCCACAUGGCUCGUCGUGAGAAGAAGAAGAGCUUCGUCGGUCCGGGGAGAGUCGAGAGGCGGUGGUCACGUCUCGCCGUCUCCCAGCCACGAGCUCGCCGGCGACCAGCCGUGUGUGUCUCCGAUAAAUCAGAAAGAGGGAGAGCAGUGGAACUAUCAGCCCAUGUCACCCACGUCGCCCGCGUCCUCGUCUGCUCAGCAUCGGGAUGUUUUUCAGGCGCCGGCGAACGAUUCGAUAGGAAGCGCGAUGAAGCCGGCUGAGUUGGGCUGA